CAAGCUUAUAACCUAAUGGCUCAUGCCUUCCUUCUCUUCCUCUUAUUGCCUUCCAUUAUAUCUACAAAUAUUCAUGCCUGCAAACAAACUGAAAGGAGCUCCCUUCUGUCCUUUGCCUUCACUCUCACUUCUCCUCCUUUAAAUUGGACAUCCCUUGAUUGUUGUCGUUGGAAGGGCAUCACUUGUAAUCAAGAUGGUUGGGUAACCCGUUUGAUAUUACCUUCCAAAGGGCUCAAAGGAGGUAUCUCUCCCUCUUCACUUGAAAAUCUCACACAUCUCACCCACUUGAACCUUUCCCACAAUUCACUAUAUGCUUCACUUGAAACUCAGUUCUUCUUGUCUUUGAAUCGACUUGAGGUCCUUGAUUUGAGCUAUAACCGUCUUUUUGGAAAGCUACCAAUUUCUCUACCAUCUAGCAAUAUCCGGACAGUUGAUUUGUCCAGCAAUCACUUCAUUGGUGCAAUUCCAUCUUCAUUCUUCCAACAAGCAAGCAACUUAACUAGUUUCAAUGUUAGCAACAAUAGCUUCACAGGGUAUGUCCCAUCCUCUAUUUGUCCCCAACAUUCUUCUCCCUUCCUUAGGCUAUUGGAUUUUUCUUCCAAUCUAUUUAAUGGCAACCUUGCUCCUGGGUUAGGGAAGUGUUCUGAAUUGCAGGUUUUUCGUGCCAAUCAUAAUAACCUCUCAGGAUUUCUUCCAGAAGAUAUCUAUAAUGCUACCAAACUUGAAGAAAUUGCAUUACCUCUCAAUUCACUACAUGGAGCAAUUAGUGAUAAAAUUGUCAACCUCACCAACCUUGUCAUCCUUGACCUUUCCUUUAAUCAUUUUGGCGGCGAGCUUCCUCUCAAUUUGGGGAAGCUCUCCAAGUUGAAGUUUGUGACCUUAGAUUUCAACAAUUUAGAAGGUACGUUGCCCCCAUCUUUGAUGAAUUGCACAAACCUUGUAGAACUGCGUUUGGGAAACAACAACUUGGAAGGAGAUAUCUCUGUGCUUGAUUUCUCAAGACUGAGUCAACUUACUAAACUUGACCUAAGGAUCAAUAACUUCACUGGUACGGUUCCAGUAAGCCUUUACUCAUGUAGGUUCCUAAAAGCCAUUCGGUUGGCUGAAAAUCAUAUAGAGGGACAAAUACAAGCUGAGAUACUUUCAUUGAAAUUCUUGUCCUUGAUCUCGUUUGGUUACAAUCGAUUCACCAACCUCACAGGGGCAAUGAAGAUAUUGAUGAGUUGCAAAAGUCUUCACACACUUUGUCUUAGCGGUUCCUUUGUGGGUGAGGGAAUGCCAUCUGAUGAUGACAUGGUUGAUUUUGAUGGAUUCCAAAAUCUUCGGGUCUUGGGUUUGGUUCGUUCUAACCUCACUGGUCAAAUACCUUUUUGGUUAUCAAAGCUCAAGAAUUUAGAGAUCUUGGCUCUGGGUUUUAAUCAAAUCACAGGGCCGAUUCCAAGUUGGUUGGGGACUCUUCCUAGACUAUUUUAUAUAAGCUUGUCACACAACCGAAUUUCAGGUAAAUUUCCACAACAACUUUGUCGACUACCAAGGUUGCUUCAUGAACCAACUGCAUCUCAAGGAGAGAAUUAUGAAUUUGAACUUCCUGUCUUUAGUGCCAAUUGCUUCAGAAUAAUCGCAAAUCAAAAUUUUCAAUCGCAAAAAUUGGAUUUUGUUCCAGCAACGAUAGACUUAUCUGCGAAUAACAUUGUUGGUGAUAUACCCACUGAGAUAAGCCAAUUGCAGCUUCUCCACACGUUGGGUCUUGACUCCAACAACUUCUCCGGCGUCAUUCCAGACCAAAUAUCUAACCUAAGAAAUUUAGAGGUUUUGAACCUCUCCAUGAAUCAAUUGUCUGGAAUAAUCCCAUCGUCAUUGGCGAGCCUUAAUUUCUUAAAAGAAUUUAAUGUCUCAGAUAAUAACCUCGAAGGAUCGAUACCAACAGGCACCCAGCUCCAAAGCUUCGAAGCUUCUGCAUUUGAGGGGAACCCAAAACUUUGUGGUGCGCCACUUCCAAGGUGCGAAUCAAAUAAGGGCAUUGAUGCAGAUAACAAGAACAACAAAGACGUGCACAAUGGGCUUCAUGAACUUCCAUGGUUUUAUAUUUUCACUGCGCUGGGGUUCAUAGUGGGAUUUUGGGGAGUAUGUGGUUCUUUAAUUAUUAACAAGAUAUGGAGAUAUGCAUAUUUUCGAUUCAUAGACAAUCUACAAGAUAGGGUCUAUGUGAUGGUAAUAGUGCGAAUCAACAUGAUGAAAAAAAGGCUUAGAGGCUAGAUAUAUAUUAUUAAUAUUGUACUUUUUAUUUUGCAUACUCAGUCCAAAGAUAUGAAAACUUAUGCAUAUUCAUGUAAUACGGUUGUCAAUUGUGAAGGAUUGAUGUCUUGUCUAUGUUUUGGAUUGGAAUUCCCUUGCUGCUGUGCUUUGGCAUGUGGGGCUCAAAGGUUAUGUUUGAAUAUUGAAGUCGCCAUAUGUUUUCAUGUCCUUUUAACUUGGUUCAUUGCUUGUUGAUAUUAAGGAGCGUAUGGUGAGCGCCCUCAUGCCUUGAAUCAUUUAUCAUCAAAAUAUUUGAUAUCCUAACUGAUCAUGCAUUUCAUACGCUGACAAAAAUUUGUGGACUUUGUCUAUACACAUGAGGAAGAAACACAGGUGUGCGUUCAGGGCUUCUAAGCCAAUGAAGACAUUCAGAAUUUCAUUUUGGAGUGGAGGAGCUUGUGCUAAGGACAUAUUUGUGUAUGGGAGCAUGAGUUAUAUCCUGCACAAAAAUGAUAAGAACUACUCUCUCACUUGUCUAUGAUAACAUAUGUUACCGAUAUGAAGUAUCUGCAAAACUAAUCGCUUAGCUCAAAGGGAAGGGAAAUUGCUCCAGUUGCGAAUGAUCGGAUGAAACAGCCAUUGCACCACUCAAGAUAAGAAAGAAAAUUCAAGAGUUAUUAAUAGCCUUCCUGUCUUUGGCAAUUUAUGAAGAGGUUGUACUUGAGCCACAUUGUUAAGUUAGCAAAACAGAUGCAUUUGAAUAACUCUAGGGGUAUGUCAGUACCAAAUCAAGUAUCCGCUCUUUUUACUCCCAUUUCGUUGAA